UCGGGAGAAGGAGAGGCCAAUCGCUGGCGAGAUAGAGCUAAGGGAAGUUUGGUGUUUUUAACAAAGUGAGGUUUGUUCAUAAUGCUACCGGUAUGUCACGGUAUACAUGGGGAGGAGGGAAGGGGAAUGGAAAGGGGAAAAAAGCCAUUUCGAGAGGGGAGGCCUUAAGCACCGGCCAUGAGGAACAUGAACCCCUGGUCCGACCCAAAUUGGACCUCCUUGGGGUAUCCCGGUACUAAUCAAUUGUGCAUUCCGCGCAUCACCUAGGUUGAUAUUGCAAUACCGGUACCGGUAUCCAAUAACCAGGCCUCGAACUAUCCCUUAAAUAGCACCCUAGAUCCUACCAAAUAUCACGGAGGUAUGAUGCCGGUAGACGAUCAGUUCAACAUGGCUUACAGGAGUUACAUCAUAACAUUGGUCCGAUCACGGGCCCAUCAGACAGGUUAGGUCUGCGGAAGUUGAAAAAGAGAACAAAAAUUCAUUUCCUUCCUCUCUUCCUCCCCUUUCUUGUGGACUAGGAUAUUAAUUAAUUAAAAGAUCAAUUGCAUGAGGGGUUAUACGACAAUGUAUGAGUACACUCGAGUACUCGUACAGGUUUUCAAGCUGCAAGUUAGAAAGGGGUGUGGAGGAACCUUCCAUUUCCUCGGCAGUUGGCGGUUCCAUCAAUCCCUUCAUUCGCAUGCCGAAUUCCCCGGAAUCCCGGCUCGAGGAGAGAAUACCGCAGAAACUCUUACUCGAGUACAGGUAGUCUGCUCACUCGUCUCCGCCAAUGAUACCUUCAUGAGCGGAAUAUAUUGGUGAGGACUCCAGCAAGUUGUCGGCUGGCGGAGGUAUUCUUGGCAAAGACGAGUGGGUAUACCGGUAAUCCACCACCGGUGUUCGCAAUUCCCUUAAUUCAUCAAGUCAGCCUAUCGCGGGCUGAUUUCCGCUGGUAAGCUGAUAGUUGGUUUUUGACGGUUCUUACGGGUACACUUGCGUCGGCAAAGCUCUCGUAUCAUACCACAUGUAUACCACAUGUACUCGAGUUCCGUACUCGCACAAGUACCGUACGAUAUGAUACCCUUUUAAGUAUGAUAGAAGGCCGUCCCAGCAAGGGUUCCGUCGAUGUGGCAUGUGGACGAGGCACUUGUUCCCGGGUCAGUCCGUCUUGGCGUGGACCGUGAAGCCAUCGGGCAAAAUUUAAUAUCAAGGCAUCGUGCCUCCCCCCCAAAAAAACGAUGCUCAUCCCAUCCUCACCUCCAUCUCCAUCACGAACACACCGGUGCUAAAAACAAAACAAUCAAUCGGUCUGGAGGGAAAAAUUGCGGAUAAAUAAGCAGAUAUGGCUGCGAGCACCUCUACCGGCCUGGUCACCGAACCUAUCACUUUUACCCUUCCCUUCUUCCAACACCUAACCGCACAGGGCUAGCAAUCCCAGCACACUGUCUGGAAUAAGCUCCCGGAUCGCACCGCCUUCGUCCAGUCGGGUAGCCACCCUGCAAUCCCCUUGCCAAAAAAGAUCAAGUGGGCCAUCGGGCUCACAAAUCAUGCACACCGAACCCCAGCCCCCGAUAACCCUUCAAAUCGACGAAGCGCUCGUUAGUGAACGGUGCACGAUCACGCUCGCGGAGGGCGCGACGAGGGGUUAAUUCCUGAAGGAGGUUGGGAAGUGGUUAAAGGGAGGGGGGAAUUGGCGGCACCCGGCCGGAUGGAUUAUCGAGAAUCCGAAGGAUUACCUGUUGCUUAUUGGGUGAGAUAGUGUGGAGGCUCAUGCUCGAGCACAAACUGGUGUGCUAGCGAGAUUGGCUAGAUCGUUAUUUGGCACUUGAGGAAAGAGAUAAUCCAUGUUAUGGAGGGUGAUUUCGUUAUGAUAAGUGUUCCCUUUUUUGUUUGACAUCCAAGCUUUUUAAUGGGUGGCCUACGGUAGGCAGUUGCAAUAGAGUUGGUUGAUUGGCUGGCUGGUUCAUGAAAGCGAACAGAUAAGCCAUGGUGGGAGACAAAAUUUUACAAAAGAAAAGAGGUAUCAUAACGCCUAACAAAAUGAUAUUUUACAUCCCCAUGAAGAAACCGCCCAACACUGCCGCAGAAACCCAGCAAGUCAUGACAAUCCCAUGCCCACUCGCUGCGACCCUCCCGGCAGCAUUCGGAGCAUCAGACCCGGUCCCACCCCCACUUGUGCCUGUCUCCGAGGCUCCAUUCCCACCACUCCCGGAACCCCCAGUAGCACUCGGGCGCCC